AAAAAAUAAAAAAUAAAAAAUCGUAAAUUUUAAAUAAAAAAAAUAGCAUCCGCUGACAGGUGCAGUUGUGGGAGCUCGUCUCGUCUCUCUUCCAACGGAGAAAUCCUAUAAAUAAACAUUCUCAAAAUCUCCAACACAGAAAUCCUCAAUUUCUAAUUCCAUUCCGUUUCACUCACACUUUUCCGAAAAAAAGCAAGAGAGAGGAAAGAGAAAAACGAGUCGCAGGAAAUGGCGGAGCUCAAGGAGACGUUCGCGUGCGUGCCGUCGACGGAGCGGGGCCGCGGCAUCCUGAUUUCGGGCGAUGCGAAAUCCAAUUCAAUCCUAUACUGCAACGGCCGAUCCGUCAUGUUCCGCUACCUCGACCGCCCGCUCGAGGUCAAGGUCUACGGCGAACACAUGUACCCCGCCACCGUGGCGCGCUACUCACCCAACGGCGAGUGGAUCGCUUCCGGCGACGUGUCCGGCACCGUGCGGAUCUGGGGGACACACAACGAUUUUGUGCUGAAGAAGGAGUACCGGGUCCUCUCCGGCCGGAUCGAUGAUAUCCAGUGGUCUGCCGAUGGCGAGCGCAUUGUCGCCUCCGGCGACGGCAAGGGCACGUCCUUCGUUCGCGCAUUUGUGUGGGACUCAGGAAGCAAUGUCGGAGAAUUUGAUGGGCAUUCAAAAAGGGUCUUGAGUUGUGCAUUUAAACCAACAAGACCUUUUCGAAUUGUAUCAUGUGGCGAGGACUUUUUGGUUAACUUUUAUGAAGGACCUCCAUUUAAGUUCAAGCUGUCACACAGGGAACACUCAAAUUUUGUGAACUGCAUUCGCUUUUCUCCUGAUGGGAACAGAUUUAUUAGUGUAAGCUCUGACAAAAGGGGUCUGUUAUAUGAUGCCAAGACCGCAGACAUGACUGGGGAGCUGUCUUCUGAGGAUGGUCACAAGGGCAGUAUAUAUGCAGUUAGUUGGAGUCCUGACAGCAAACGGGUCGUAACUGUGUCUGCUGACAAAACUGCCAAGGUGUGGGAGAUAUCUGCUGAUAAUAAUGGAAAACUGGUAAAAACAUUGGCAUGUCCUGGAUCUGGUGGAGUAAAUGACAUGUUAGUUGGCUGUCUCUGGCAGAAUGAUCACAUAGUCACUGUUUCUCUUGGUGGCAGUAUUUUUCUGUACUCUUCCAGUGAUCUUGACAAAGCUCCACUAGAAUUAUCUGGACACAUGAAAAACAUUAAUGCACUAGCACUUCUGAAAGGUCCGUCCAAAGUUAUAUUGUCAACCAGUUAUGAUGGCCAAAUAAUUAAGUGGCUUCAAGGUAUUGGAUUCUCUGGAAAGCUAGAAAGGAGUGUUACCACUCAAAUUAAAUGUUUUGAAGCUCUUGAAGGAGAAAUAGUGGCAUCAGGAUUUGACAACAAGGUUUGGAGGAUUCGUCUGCUUGGGGACCAAUGUGGGGAUGCAGAUAGUGUCGAUAUUGCCAAGCAGCCAAAUGACUUGAGUCUUGCCCUUCUUUCUCCUGAUCUUGUAAUGGUUUCACAUGAUACUGGUGUUACACUCCUUCGUGGUACAAAAGUUGUAUCCACUAUUGAUCUGGGGUUCACUGCGACAGCAUGUACUAUUGCACCUAAUGGAAAUGAAGCUGUUGUGGGUGGUAAAGAUGGAAAAUUGCAUGUCUACUCUGUCAUGGGUGAUACCUUGAAAGAAGAGGCUGUACUUGAAAAACAUCGAGGUCCUAUCACUGUCAUUCACUACUCACCUGAUGUUUCCAUGUUUGCGUCUGCUGAUUCUAAUCGAGAAGUUGUCGUUUGGGAUCGUGCUUCUCAUGAGAUAAAGGUUAAAAAUAUGCUAUACCAUACGGCUCGAGUAAACUGCUUGGCCUGGUCUCCCAAUAACAGCUUGAUCGCAACUGGAUCACUGGACACAUGUGUCAUUAUAUAUGACGUAGAUAAGCCAGCAGAUCAACGGAUAACUGUCAAAGGAGCUCACUUGGGCGGAGUGUACGGAUUGGUUUUUACCGAUGACCACACUGUGGUUAGUUCUGGUGAGGAUGCAUGUAUCCGCAUAUGGACGGUAACGCCAAAGAAGUGAUGUUUGAAUUCUAUGCUCCUGGUGACUCAAUCCUUAGUUUCCUGUAAAUUAGAUGGAAAAGUUUAAGACUAUUGUUGAAGAGAGAUAUUAUAGCUCGCUCGAGAGAUCCUGAACCGGUUGUGCUCUCUUGCUUGCCAUUUUUGGUCGUUUGCUGACAACUGAAGCAGUUUCUUCUUAUUGCUGCCUGCAUUACGAUUUUGUGACGAAUAAGUUAUUGUUCGGACGCCUCUCUUUCCAGCUCCAUCGGCAGUGAUUGUGCAAACCUGCGUGUGGUGCUCGUUUUAGAUGCCCUCCAAGGAUUCAGCAAUCUUGGAUUUACUUCAAGGUUAGAAAACAAUAAUACGUUGAUGCCUUUUGAUUUUAUUUAUUUGUCCUUUUUCGGUUCGUUUGUGUUUUUGGUUUUUGUUUGCAUCGUAGUGUGGCGUUUUGCUGCUGUUAUUUAUGUGAUGUAAUGUAAUUAGUUUUGGUGGUUUGGGUUGUGUAAUUGUUCGCAGAUAACUUAUUUUACAUUGAAGGAGAUAUCUUUUUCUUUUCA